CCGAUUUUUUGCCAGUCCCUUCUUCUAAACCUCCACUCCUGAUGGACUACAAACAUCAAAACAGACGUGGUCCCGUUGGUCUCGUCCACUCCUCAUAGCCCCCUCCUCCUCCUCAUCUCCUCUCCAAUUGUCUCUGGCCUCGUCCAAGGCUUCCCCGUUGCAGCAUCAACAAAGCUUUGCCUCAGCCGCGGCACCUCGCAAAGACUGCAUCCCGCCAAGAAUCCUCCUCCUCUUCCCGCAUCCAGCCUCAAGCUCCUCUGUGAACAACACUGAACCAUCAUGGUCCGCAACAUUGUUGUUCUAGGGGGCAAUUCCCACCCCCAGCUUGUCGAAAUCGUCUCCAAUACACUUGGUGUCCCUCCUUGCCAGAGGAUCCUAAAGAAAUUUUCUGUUGGCGAAAGCCGCCUCGAGAUCCAGGACUCUGUACGUGGAAAGGAUGUCUACAUCAUCCAGUCCGGCGGCGGCAAGGUGAAUGAUAACUUUGUCGAUCUCUGCAUCAUGAUUUCGGCUUGCAAGACGGGAUCCGCUAAGCGCGUCACUGCGGUUCUUCCUUUAUUCCCAUAUUCGCGACAGCCUGAUGUUCCGUAUAACAAGAUUGGGGCACCGCUUGCAAAGGCUCCUACAGACAUCAACAGGUGUGACUUUACCUUUGAGAGUCGUCCUUCAACCCCUGGCCCCGGACAACCGCAGUCUCUUGGUCUGCCAAACGGCAUCGAUGGUGCGCAGAAGAAGCUUGGCAAGGCUUCUAUCGAGCAGCAGAAUGGCCUGUCGAACGGGAUUACCCCACGACGCUCUGACACCCUGGAUUCUCAUCAAUCUGCCUCAGGUGGACGGGGCCGAGGUAGUUCUUCAGCCUCCCAAACAGGUGUCUUCACGACGCACGACUAUCAGGACCCGACAAUCCUCUCCAAGGAAGCCAAGAACUUUUUCCAGGCUAAGCCGGGUUACAAGCAGUGGGUCGCGCAGGCAGGAACUCUUGUUGCAGACCUCUUGACUUGUGCCGGUGCGGAUCAUAUCAUUACGAUGGACUUGCAUGAUCCUCAGUAUCAGGGUUUCUUUGACAUCCCCGUGGACAACUUGUAUGGCAAGGCUCUCUUGAAGAGAUACAUUCAACAGAACAUCCCCGACUUCAAAGAAGCUGUCAUUGUUAGUCCUGAUGCUGGUGGUGCGAAGAGGGCUACGGCAAUUGCGGAUGAUCUCAAUAUGGAAUUUGCAUUGAUCCACAAGGAACGCCGACCAACCCGUAUUACGGAUCGCCAAAAUGCCACAAUGAUGCUCGUAGGAGAUGUUACCAACAAAGUUUGUAUCUUGGUCGAUGACUUGGCUGAUACAUCAAACACCAUAACGAGAGCGGCGAAGUUGUUGAAGAAAGAGGGGGCCACCCAGGUUCUAGCCUUGCUUACUCACGGCGUAUUCAGCGGUGAUGCCAUUGCCCGCAUCAACGCUUCUGCUCUGGACAAAGUCGUCGUGACCAACAGCGUCCCGCAAGAAGAGCAUUGUCGCUUGUGCCCAAAGCUGGAAGUUCUGGAGGUUGGCCCUGUCUUCGCUGAGGCGAUCCGUCGAGUUCACCAUGGGGAGUCCAUCAGUGCCCUCUUUUGGGAAUAGUGAGGCGUUUCUCUUUUUCCUUUUCAAGAAUCUCUUGUUUCUUCUGGUGCUGCACUCAUUUGGCGUCCGAAGGAAUCGAUUGGACGAUGUGCAUCUGGGUGGUGAGCCGAGAUCUCGCAGACAUGCGUGUGCUCUACAAUUGCUAUACCAUUGAACCGCCUGGCGGAUCAUACUGACUCCCAAAUGGUCUUCGGGAGAUAUAGACCCCUCGAUCUUUGGAUGAAUUUCCAUUGAACGCUUUCCCAAGUGCUGGCAUAGGCGUGGAAGAGGUACAUUGUUGGAGAUUGCAAUAGAAAAAAACGAGAAUAAAUGUUGGAGUAGACUUGAAUUAUUGCGGCCAAGCACCUUAGAAUGAAUGUCUGAAUCCUAAUAAAUUCCG